UCCCCAGGAGUUGCUCAUUUCCCUCCUCGGCACCAUUCGAGCAAGACAUGUCGCACUGUUUGGGUACCUGUCGUUUCAGCGAUGGCUGUUGACUGUCGGACUUUCGCCAGCUUCCAGCAAUUGUACUGAGUAGAUACAUCAAUUGUUUAAUGAAUGGAAAACGUUUAUCCUGUUAGUAUUUGAAAGAGAGGAGAGAAAAGUUUUGUGCAAACUUUUGGCACCUUCCCUCGGGAACGUCGCUAGUGACCGGAGUUGUCUCGCUUUUCCCCCUUUCUGUGCGUCUGGAACUUUCUGAUUCAUCGGAAGGAAAGAUGACUCUUCUCUGCACACUGGGGCUCGCAGCGGUCGUGCUUUUCGGAGUGGUAGACAGCAGGGGGAUUCUUGAGGGUCUACAGAGGUAUGGCCCCAUGCCCACCUACUUGCCUGUCAGCUACCAGGUCCUCAACGCCGAGGCUGCCUUCUUUCUGAAGGAGGCCAACCAGGACCUGAUGAGGAACUCCAGCCUGCAGGCCAGGACCGAGCCCUUCUUCAUCCAGCAGGCCCGCCGGAUGCCCUCCAUCAACGCCAGCUACGGACCCAUGUCUGUCCAGCAAACCAUCCCCCUGGAGCUCCUACAGAGCCCCGGACCCUUCAAUGGACCCUCUUUCACCUCCCCGUCAUCGUCCAUCUCCUCUUCUUCUCCGUCCCUUUUCACCUACAAUUGGAAGGUCCAGACCUUCAUCAUCAGUGAGAGGAUCCACCCCAGUUGGCCCAAAGUGCAGGUGUUAUUCUAUGUGGUGGGCAGGGACUGGGAUGACUACACCACCAUCCACAGGCUUCCCUGUGUCCGGAUGUUUGCCUUCCACGAGACCCAAGAGGUGCGGGGCAUGUGUCGUCUGAAGGGGGAGCUGGGGAUGUGUGUGGCUGAGCUGGAGCCCCUGGCUAGCUGGUUUAACCCCUCUACCGUGAGGCACGGCAGGCAGAGAGCUCCGGAGCAGGCCCAGGGCACCCCUGUGGAGCUCUACUACAUGGUACAGUCCACAGAGACUGGGGAGUGCAGCUCAGAGGACUUACGAAAGGGAAGUUCCAUGCGCACAGAGCACCAGGGGCCCAUGGGGUAUUUCUCAGGGCCCACACCCAUGCAGCGUAUAGGGAGCGUGCGUCUGUUCCAGCCCAUGUCAGAGCUAAGGCUAGACAGUAACUUUGUGGUGAUGGUGCCCUCUAGACCAAUCAGACAGAGGGAGACGGUCUCCACCUUCCUGGCUCUCUCCACGCUGUCACCUGUACAGAUCUUCACCCUGAGGUGA